UAACAUUACGUAUACUAAAGCCGACAAAUUACUUGUAUCCAACCUAAAAAAUCAUCGAUUUCGAUUGAGUUUGACGUGUUGCCGUUAGCACGCCAUGUCUCGGAAGCAGCAAGUCCUGGGUCCGAUUCCCAGACGAACCACAUACUAAGCAAAUUUUUCCCCCCACGUCUUCCCAGGAUCAUGGAAAACUACGACAAGCUGAAGUCCCGGAUCAACGAGAUCGUAGACAGCAAACGCCACCUAGAGGUGGACCUGAAGAAACAGGCGGCCGACUACAGGGAGAUCGACAAGAAGAUGAACAGCAUCAAACCCGACCUGAUCCAGCUCCGCAAGACCAGGGACCAGUACCUCAUGUGGCUGACUCAGAAAGGCGUUCGUCAGAGGAAACUGAACGAAUGGCUCGGUUUGAAAAACGACACCACAGAGGAGUAAGUGUGUGUGUGUGUGUG